UAUACACUGAUAUACAUAAUAUACUGCAGAGGUUUACCACUAAACUACACGUGACGUCAGCUUAUCAUAACUGAAGUCUACUUUUUUUGACAACAGUUUCUUGUAAUAGAUUUUAUUGUCCGGUUUGAGACCAAUUGACACCAAUUGUAAACAUUUUUUUCUUGUUGUUGUUAUCUUUGCAUAACAAUAGACAACAAGUGGACCAAUCAGUUGCUAUAAAACUUGAUUACAAGUGUUGCCAAUAUUUAAGUCACUCUUUAGUUGUAUCACUUGUUAGACGUAUUCAUCACAACCACAAUCUCAAGACAUCAUGAGCUUAGAGCAGAACUUCCAGAAGGCUGUCCAAGACGUGAGAAAACUGAAAGCUAAACCAACGGAUCAAGAGUUGCUUGAGGUUUACGCACUCUUCAAACAAUCCUCUGAUGGCGAUUGUAAUACAGCCCGACCCGGUAUGCUUGACCUCAAAGGGAAGGCUAAAUGGGACGCUUGGAAUGGGAAGAAAGGUAUGUCUAAAGACGAGGCUAAGGCUGCAUACGUCAGUCGUGUCAAUGCAUUGGUAGAGACAUACGGAGUCUCAUAAUUGUUUGGACCAUAAAAUGGUUUCACAAGUUUUUUUAGAUAUAAAUAAUAGUAAUAUAUAUAUAAUUGUGUUUUACUCUUGUAUUUUGUAUUCUUUUGGGAUUUUUUUUAUAAUAGAUAAUUAUUUUGAAUACAAUCUAAUUUAUACUUUAAUAAUAAAUAUUUUUUAU